CUAAUGUCCCUGUAAUAUAUUAACACACAAUGUGCCCAAUUAUAAUGAAAACACCGACUCAAGAGAUAAAAUGGAUAGAGUUGCAGGAAGAAAAUUUUGUAAAAUCCGUUCGAAACUUUAUAAAUCUCGCUCCUGCUUCCUCAAUUUCGUUUACUUCUUGUCAUUUUCUUUCUUAGGGUUCUUGGCAGUCAAGGUCUCUAAUCCAAGAACCACUUCACGUCCUCAUGACUUGGACAUCUUCUUCACUUCUGUCUCUGCCAUCACCGUUUCUUCCAUGUCCACCGUCGACAUGGAAGUCUUCUCCAACACCCAACUUAUCAUCAUCACUAUACUCAUGUUUAUCGGUGGCCCGAUCUUCACCUCCUUUCUCAAUAUCUACCUGUCCCAUUUCACUAAAUUCGUCUUCCCUCAUAGCAAGAUUAAACACUUUAUCGGCUCUUUCAAGGCAGAUCAUACCAUCGAGGAUCUCCGUCUUGACCAAGAAAAUAUUACUGAUCGUCACGAGAUUCCUAGCCAGACCAAUGAAAAGGCGUCUAAGUGUUUGUACUUGGUGGUUAUUGGCUACCAUCUUGUAACAAACAUAGCUGGCUCUAUGUUGCUUCUUGUGUACGUAAGCUUUGUUAAAACGGCAAGAGAUGUUCUUCGUUCCAAAGAAAUAUCAGCUCUCACCUUCUCUAUCUUCACAACUGUAUCGACUUUCGCAACUUGUGGAUUUGUUCCCACGAAUGAGAACAUGAUCAUCUUUCGCAAGAACUCGGGUCUCCUCUGGCUCUUAAUCCCUCUAGUAUUGAUGGGGAACACUUUGUUCCCUUGCUUCUUGCGGUUGCUAAUAUGGGGAUUAAGUAAGACCACAAAACGUGAGGAGUUUGGUUAUAUUCUCAAGAAUCGCAAGAAGAUGGGAUACUCUCAUCUACUCUCCGUUCGUCUUUGUGUUUUCCUAGGGUUGACGGUGUUAGGGUUUAUUUUGAUACAACUUUUUCUCUUCUGCACCUUUUCUUGGAGCUCGGAGUCUCUUGCAGGAAUGAAUUGGUAUGAGAAGUUGGUUGGAUCGCUGUUUCAAGUGGUAAACUCGAGACAUACUGGAGAAACAAUUGUCGACCUAUCCACACUUUCCCCGGCUAUUUUGAUACUAUUCAUCCUUAUGAUGUACCUUCCCCCAUACACUUUAUUUAUGCCGUUCACCAUGAAAAAGAAGAAUAAAAAAGAGGAAGAAAAUGAUUCCGGAUAUAAAAAGGGAGGAAAGAAGAGUGGGCUCCUUGUGUCACAACUUUCCUUUUUGGUGAUAUGCAUCUUUCUCAUUUCUAUCACCGAAAGGCAAAAACUACGACGAGAUCCACUCAACUUCAACGUUCUUAACAUCACUCUUGAAGUUGUCAGUGUUUCUGGAUUGUUUAUCCUUUGUGAAGUAUGAUUGCCUCCCAUAUGUUCCAUUCGGUUUGAGUGGUUCUGUUGCAGGGAGUAGUGUGCCCAAGAUUAUGUAUGCUUCCAUGUUUGUUUUGUUCAAAGGCUCAUCCAUUUGGUGCUUUGUCGCUUCUGCUUGUGAUGCCGAACGUCUGAUUGUUAAAGCUGCUUAUGUUGCGGUUUCAAUCCCGGGCGUUAGACCAGUACUUUUGCUCUCUAAUUCCCAAAGCUUCAUUUCACUUCUUAGCACGAUUGGCGUUGAGUUUCGAGGACUGCUCAGAGACAUUAUGUGUUGUUUAUGUGUUAUGUUUGCUCCUAUCUUAUGGUGUUAUAUCUCAUUGCUUUGCUUUGCUAUGGUAGCAUCAGAUGUUUUAGCCGGUUUGGCUUUGUUAUUGCUUGAUGUAAACAAUUUCUCCAGCAAUGGGGACUAAUGAUUUAUAAAGCGUUUGUUUGAUCAAAAAAAAGAAUAGCCCACAUUUUUUGUUACAAAAAGGCCCACAAUAGUUAAGAGCAAUACAAUUGACUAUAAAUGCACCUUUCAAGUUCUAAAUGAUAAUGAGUCUAUGAAGUAGCUUAGGCAUAGUCAUGGUCAACCGACAGAUCUGUGAGACUGAUAAAAAGAGUAACACCAUCAUAUUUUUGUUGAUAUUCCGUCCUUAUGAAAGACACACUCAUAUACUAAACUUCAAGGUUAGUUCAUUUCAUGAAAACUAUACUUAUUAGUGAAACUAAA